UUUUAGGUUAUGAACUUGACGCAGCUUCGUCAGUGUGAGGCCGAACGUUUGGAGAGCAAACAGCUGUACCCCAAAAAUGCAUGCUGCAAGUCUAAGGGACUGUGAGGCAUGGAGGGCAGAGGGUCUUAAAUUGUCCACCAACAGCAAUGAAGCCUGCAAAAUGUAUGACGCCAUACUCACGCAGUAUGUCAAAUGGAGGAAUGAUGAAACCUUGGGAGGAUUUGAAGGAUGCAUUUCUGCUAUCCAGGCGGCUGACCCUAACUUUGUUAUGGGUCAUGUGAUCAGUACAGGGUUGGAGCUUGUGGCAACGACAAGCUCCACCCGGCUGAAUGAGCGUCUGGCCAGUGCUGUGAGGCGAACGGUGGAGCUGGCCGACAGCCAGGACAUCACUCCCAGAGAGAGGCUCCAUGUCAAGGCUAUGGAGCUCUUCUCACAUGGAAAUUUCCCCAAGGCCUGUGAUGCAUGGGAAGAUAUUCUUCUUGAUCACCCCACUGAUUUGCUGGCCCUCAAGUUUGCUCACGAUGCCUAUUUCUACAUGGGAGCCCAAACUCCCAUGAGGGACUCUGUGGCCAGGGUGCUGCCUCAUUGGAAACCACACAUGCCUUUGUUCAGUUAUCUGAAAGGACUGUAUUCCUUUGGUCUGAUGGAGACUCGCUUCUAUGACCAGGCAGAGAAAGUAGCCAUGGAGGGCCUCGCUCUGACUCCUGAUGACGCUUGGUCUGUCCACUCUGUAGCCCAUGUUUGCGAGAUGAAGGCAGAGGUGGACAAAGGCUUGAAGUUCAUGGAGAGCAGAGAGAAAGACUGGCAGGUAUCUGACGUCCUGGCCAGCCAUAACUAUUGGCAUUGGGCUCUAUACUUCAUCGAGAAGGGGCAGUACGAAGCCGCUCUGCAAAUAUACGAUUCUCAGGUAUUCAGGCGUUGUAAAACCACAGGAUCCAUGUUGGACACUGUAGACGCCUGCUCAAUGCUCUACAGACUGGAAAUGGAGGGUGUGUGUGUGAAGGAUCGUUGGCGAGAGCUGCUCCAGAUAACACAGCCUCACACUGACGAUCAUGUGACCUUAUUUAACGACCUCCACUUCCUCAUGGUGUCGCUGGGAGCUAAAGAGAGCAGGACUUCUCAGCGUCUGCUGGAGGGCCUCCAGGAAUUGGCUAAGGAGCCGGGGGAAAAUCAGCAACAUCAGCUGGCUGGGACUAUAGGUGUGCCCAUGUGUCAGGCCAUGAUGGAGUAUGACCAGGGCAACUACAGUGGAGCUGUGGAGCAGCUGUACCCUUUACGCUACCACAUUGUAGACAUAGGUGGCAGUGAUGCUCAGAGAGAUCUCUUCAAUCAACUGCUUAUCCAUGCAGCCAUGAAGUCAGAGAAUAAGCACCACCAGAAACUGGGAAGAUGUCUUCUGGUGGAGCGUGAUGCUGUGAGGCCAAACUCCCCUCUGACUGAUCGUCUGAUGCAGAACGCCCUGGCUCUCCACAUCUAGAAUGAUUGCAAGGUGCGCAGAGCAGCUCCCAUGCAAAAAACAUCAAAGUAACAUUGUAAUUUGAUGUGCUGAUGUUUGGUUUUAGGAAACUUCUUUACCAACCUAUUUAGAAAGCGGAAUCGUUUUAUACAGCACAAUUUUCACUGUAGAGCUCGGUGCCCUUUUAGAUUGCUGACCUGUUAAGCCUUGUAAGUGAGCAAAUCUGCACCUAAUCUCAAGGUUAUGAGCUAAUAUUAACCACAGAUUGCCAAUUUACAUGAUAAAUAGCCUUCAAGUGUGAUACAUAAUCAAAUGCUUUAUCUGGGUUUAUUCCAUUAGUGAAACUGACACCUCUAAUCAGUGUAGAUAACUGUGUCUUUCUUCUUCUGAAUUUUAUUUGCAAACAUCACAUUUAAAUAUAAAUACUUUUUCAGAGAUAAAGUCUUCAUGUCAAUAGCAAUACAAAAACCAUUAUCAAAAGCAAUAAAUAUACAGUUUGUUCUU